GAGACGAUCCCAGAAAAUUCAGGCAUCCGUCGCUUCGUGUGGGAACACUUCCAGAACCUCAACCGCGUCGUACAGCGAAUGAAGUACUGUGGGGGAACAUUUUCGGGCUUAAAGCUCACCCUCUGCGGUCCGGAGAUUGUAGUUAUCGGACACCGCUGUACCUACGAAGGCCGGAUCCCUGAUGAAUCGCGCGUGGAGGUCAUCCGUAAUUGGGGACCCUGUAAGUCGCUUUCUGAGGUUCGCGCUUUUCUAGGGACGGUCGGA